AUGGGUACAAAUGCCUUGAGAAGAGAAGCCAAUGCGCGUUACAACAAAUGGAAAAUGGACAACGCGAUUUGGGUGGAAGAGGAUUAUCUGGAUCUGGAUGAUAUUAUUGCAUCCCACACGCAUGUGCAGUGUCUGUUAGGACCGCAGACAACUAAAGGUGAGACUUUCUGUGGGCCUUUCUUGGUGUUUAGGGACUUAUCAGAGCGGAAGUGAUGUAUUUGCCAUGAAUAAUGUAAUUUUAUUACCUAAUUUUUUGAAGGCUUGUCUAAACAGAAGUGCUUUUGCCUAAUAAGUUUUUCUUCUUUCAGAAGUCCUUCCAUACGCUCAGAUUCAUCCCAACACCACAAUUCCGCCUCGUGGCAUCAAAGGAAACAUUAGUGUUUGGCUUCUGAAGGAUCUCCCUUUCGCGGAGCUUGUUAUGCCAACUACUUAUACGGCGGCUUCAAAACAAAUCCUACAAGCUGGGCCUUGGGUUCUAAAUUUUGAAACAGACAAAAGGUUCUUUUAUGAACUGGGUUUGCACAUCGCGGAUGUGUUGAGGAAUGAUGGGAGAAAUCAUCAUGGUAAGUUAUUUUAUUAUUGGUGCUUUUGAUCUUUAGACUUUGCCUAAGUUUUCCUCCUGAAACAAAGGUUGAUCUUUUCAGCCCAAGAAUUGAUCAAAGUUCUCCGAGAUACCUAUGUCGCCCGUCAGAAACGAAUAUUCCCAUUAACCGUCGACAAAGACAGCAGGCCCACAAAGUUGAGUCAACUGGAGGCUCGACUCUUCUUCAAGGGGCAGUAUUCCGAAUCCAGGUUUAAAGAAUGGUGGUCCGGCAUCCCCAAGGAGAAGAAGAACAUUAAGAAAAGAUUUAAAAGAGAAUGA